AUGGUCCGCUACGCGUCGAACACGCCUCCACAGCCGGUUCCUCCGAGGCAAGUUUUGGAAAGGGCUGGAAGCGCGUUAGAAGCGACUUCGAGUGCAGCGGCGUCAGUGUCCCCUUCUCUAGUAGUCUCCGACGAAGUUCAGUGGGGUGAUGUCGUCUUUCGAGAUAGGAUGCUAGUGCGAAUACUCUAUACAAGGUGCGAAACGUUGAGCCACCAAUUCGACGAAUCCAUAAAUCGAACUACUCGAGAUUUACACUAUGAAGAUUGGGCGGAAUUCCUAGUCGCCUGGCGCAGGGACAGUCUUGAAAUAUACGAAGAUCAUAGCUUCCCUGGCAAAGAAAUGUUCACGAAACACAAGCACCUGUCCUAUGUCAUUCCAUUAAAAUCUUCACGCACGCAUCUAUCGCUAUACUCUUUUGUAGAUCUUUCAUUUUGUCUCACAUGUCCCCCCACUACCACGCGUUUGAACGCAUCUAGUUCUCGUUGGAUCUUUAACCGCGCCAAGGAAGGAACGAACAUCUUCAUUUUCAAGCUCAGGAGCAGGUCGCGGGCGUAUGAUUGGUUUUGGCUUCUCUGGAGGCAUAUGGGCGGACAGCUACCCGCGACACUAGAUAUCAGGAACCCGCAGCUUAACACCAAGGUUUCUGUUGACAUCCCCGAAGGCUACAUCUUGAAUUCGGAGAAGCUCUACUCUAUGUUUAGGCGAGAAAAUAUCAUCUCCCUUUGCAUGGAUACCUUGCAAGCCGUACCUCAGUGGUACCACCUCAUCGAACGAGAACUUGAGAAAGGAAAGGCCCUUCAACUUUGCUGGCGUGUUGACUCAAACGUUGACUGGGUAUGGUUGGACGACGACGUCUACGGAGUUUCCAGAGAAUGGUCUGUUUUGUGCGGCCUUGCAUUUAAGCAGGCCAUGCGUCCGCCGAUUCUCGAACUUCGACUGGCUAACCAUGCACCAACUCACUUUCACCUCAGAGAUGGCACCCACAUUGACGAGCCACCGUCGAUAGAGGGAUAUCUUGAGCGCGUGAAACCGGGCUCGCAAAUUAAACAACUUUUGUAUCUUACUACGCACAACGGGAACGUAUUCAUCACACACACAUACCAUGCAUAUCCGCCAGCACCACCAGGCAUUGCCUUACCUCUCGACCUCGACGGUUACGUUAAGGACCUUCAUCACGCUGAAGUAUUGCGUGGCAGUCGUCAAAUUUUGCACGCCACGGGGGUCUGCGACCUGAGAUCAAUAGUUGCCAUCCAGCGUGAUGAAGGUGGGGGUCACGACAGGCCAGGAAUCAAACUGAGACGCGCUUUUGAAUUGUUACUUGACAGUGGCAACGUUGUCAGGUUCGAGGCUCACUCCUGUCGGGUUGCGCUUGAAUGGAUUAAUAGACUUCGGGCCUUGAUAGCGUUUUGGAAGCAUAGACAUCGAAUCGAUGCUAAAGAAGAAAUCGAGCUUGCUCAAGAUUUUUCGACCCAUUAUCCAGCGAUGGAUUCGUUGUACAACAUGUGCAUUUUAGACGGAUGCAAACCGAUUGUUAAAGGUGGAAAGGUAUACACGCGCAAGGGUUACCGUGGACAGUACAAACUGGUGCAGCUGUUCCUUGUUGCUGGAAACCUCGUCCAGUUUCGGAUCGAGCCUCGUACGACGUUACACAAGGCUAUGAAGAAGAAAAUCAGUCUAAUUGAUGCCUAUGUUUGUUCGGGUUAUUUUGCGGCUCUCACACUUCCGAAGGGACAAUUUCGUCCCAAUGCAGAACCAGCUCCACGACGGUAUCAGGACGGUCUAGAGACGGAUGACCGCGACGAGGACAUGAUUCUCACUGUGUGGUUUCGCUCACACUUGGAGGAGGUUGCUCGUGACCAGGAUCCGACGACGGCAGCUCUAAAGUCAAUCGCCACAACACCUCCGCUUUCUGCUAAGCGCAGAACAUUCGUGAUUCGCACACGAAGCAAGGUUGAGUGCGACGCGUGGUGUUGGGCCCUCAACUCGGAGAUUGAGAAGAUUGUUCGUGCGCAAAGGGAGAGGGAAGAAAGGAUUAGGGAUUCUGGGAAUUUGGUAGAACUGGCGUGAAUUGAGAUUAUACCCGGUGGCAAGGUCAAUACGGAAAGCGAAGAACAUUGCAUUAUAUUAGGGGGAUAUGGUUAUACGUUAGUUACUUCUUUUUAGGUUUCUUUGCACUAUAUCGACGGUCAGCAAGCAAAUCACGAUGUAUAUAUGUUACGAAGUCGUACCCAUAUCU